AUGUUGAAUAAUAAUAGAACAUUUAAACCACCAAUAAUUGAUAAUAAUGUAACUCUUGGUUUGGGUCCUGACAGAAUGGGUGUUUUAUUCACGGAUAUGUUGACAGCCAUUAGAAUUCCUGCCAAUCAUUGGUUAUUAGCUUUGAUCAGUGGUGGUAGUGGUGCUGAUGAUCAACAAGUGAGAGUAAAGCUUGUGCAUGAAACGUUCCGAUAUGUAAAUUCAGAACCAACUCUUGAAAUGAGCCAGGAAAUUGACUUGCAGUUCCAAGUCAUGUCACGAUUGAUUUGUAUUCCACCAAAUCAACAACAAUUGAUAGAAUAUUAUAGAAAUACAUUGCCAUCAGCAGAUUAUCUUCUUUUUGAGAAGUAUCACAAGUGGAAUAUAAGAAUUGAAUCGGUGGUUUACCAAAGAUAUGUGACUCUUGAUGUUGUGUUAAUUUGCCAAAAUGAAAAAGAACUUCCAAAGAAUUCAUUGGAGUAUUUAAUGAAGACAGCUCCAUACACGUUUAGAGAUUUCCGUCUUCUUUAUGAAAAUUGUGAAUUGUACAGUAAUUUAUUCAAGGUUGACUGCGAAAUGUUUCAACAAUUCUUUGGACGAAACUAUCCUCUUGUUUGUACAGUCAAAGAUGUAGAUUCUAAUCCAAAUAUUAUUGGAAAUAAUAACAUGUCCAUUCAAAAUUCAUUCUCAAGAUUUGCCAGAAUAUUAAUGGAUUUGAAUUUGGGCAAAUGUAUGAUGAUUGUGAAAUUCGAAACUAAAGAUGACAACAUCAAAAGAAAGUGGUGCGAGAAUGGGAUAAGCUACGAAGGCCAUUGCUACAAAUUCUUUAGCACUUCCAACUCUGGAAUGAAAGGCAGCUCUGCAGUUUUUAUCAACUCAACCUUACUCAACUUGGAAACUGUCAAACUUCUCGUUGGAAGCUCCUUCGACAAGGCAUUACAGACAGGUGGUGUCAGAAAGGUAGCAAGCAGAAUUGGUCUCAGUAUUGGAACAAGCAUUCAAAGUUUAGCAACUUUUGAAUUUGAUCAAAUUUUCUGUCUUCCACAGAACAUCGAAGAUGAGUUUCCAAUAACUGAUGGUUCUGGAUUAGCAAGAUCUGAUUUCUUUGAGGAGAUUUUAGAAAAGACCUAUGCCAUUCCUUAUUUCGAAAUGGAAAAAUUGGCAAAACAUCCAGAAAUGAAACUCUCCAGAAGGUUAGAAACUGAUUACAAAAACGUGAGUGCCAUUCAAGUGAGAAUGCUUGGAGCCAAAGGAGUUUUACAAAAGAUUCCAGAUUCAUUGUGGAAAGUAUUGCAAGUCAAGUGGAAAUUCCCAGAUUCAACAAAGGUGAUUUUGAGAAAUUCAAUGAUCAAGUUUGAAACUGCUUAUUACAAAAAGAUUGAUGUAUUGAGUUAUUCAUCUGCUACGGGAGGGUCGAUUUCAAGAGGAGUCAUGUCUUGCUUAUUGGAGAGGACAGAUCACAGAGAGGAAAUGGAAGAAAUUUUCAUGAAUGAUCUCGACGAUUAUUUGAAAGAAAUGGAGGACAAUAGAAAUGAUCCAAUCUAUGUCUGCAACUAUCUUUUAACUGGAACAGGUAAUACAAAGGAAGGAUUGGCCAAACAAUUGAUUAUGGCAGAUCAUCCACUCAAUAAUUAUUUCAUUGAUUCAGUAAUUAGAGAAAAUAUCAAAACAAGACAUUUGGGAUUAGUCAAUGAUAAUCUUUCUUUCAAAAUCAACAGUCAUUAUUGUGUCAGUGCGUUGGGAGGUGUGGAUGAAAGUGGGGAACUCAAAGAAGGUGAAAUUCACAUUAAUUGUGAUGCCUUUACAAAUAGCCCAUACUAUCUGGAACUCGAUUACGUUUUAGUUUAUAGAAAUCCUUUGGGGUAUGAGGGUGAUAUUCAAAAACUCAAAAUUAAGAAAAAUCCUCAAUCAGAAUUCCUCAAAUCAAGACGAAACUCAAUCACCUUUGCCAUGUCCAAGGGCACUAGAAAUCCUAUUGGAUUUAUGCAAGGCGGUGAUUUUGAUGGUGACAGAUACAAUAUCAUUUUCCAUCCAAAGAUUGUGAAAUAUUUCAAGCAAGACGAAAGUUUGAAUUUGGAUUAUAAUAAUAAUGAUAUUUACGAACAAUUUAAAAAGAAUGAAUCUAUUUCCAGUCUGGAGACGAUACCUGUUAUGCAACCCAACACCAACCCAACCAUUCAAGACAUUAUUGAAGAACACAUUAACAUGUUCACUGAAAAUUCUCCAAUAGGUACUUUAAGUGGUUACACAUCUAACCUUAGAGAAACAACUGAUAUUCCAAAGAAAAAGUUGGCUUCCAAGCUAUUCGCAGAUUGUAUCGAUUCUAUUAAGGGAAGUUCAUUCCCUUAUGACCUGAUUAACAUUGUAAAAUCGAAAAUUCCUGAAUGGGAAGAGUAUUUGAAUGAAAGAGUUAAGAAGAGUGAAUUUUGGAAAGAUGAAAAUCUGUCAAAUCCACAACCUAAUCAUUUAGUGUGUAGAAUGUUUGAUAUGGUAGUACAAUCGUUGAAGAAAAUCACUGAAGAUCCAAUUAAUACUCAACUCGAUCCUGAUUUUGAAACACCUAAUCCAAAAUAUUUGAAAUUCCAUACUCAAUGGAAACAAGAAUUCGAAAAUCUUUUCAAAGAAUGGUGCAAUUAUUGGACAAAGCAAUUAUCAGCCAAUCCAGAAACAGAAAAGGACAAAUCUGAAACUAAAUCACACAAGAGAAUUUUACUGAACAAAAUUAAGGAAAUUCUUCCACUGCAAGAAGAAAAAAGUGAAUCAAUUGACUGGCGUGCAAAAUUCAAUGAAGGAACAGAUGGCAAUGAUAUGAGAUGUGAAAAGGCAGCAUUCUUUAUGAGGUAUAAUCAUGUGCAAAAUCAGAAAGGUUUAAUCAAGAGAUUGCAAAGUCCUUUCGUCUAUACUUGUUGCAUGCUUUAUUUGAAUAUUUACAAGCAAUUCAAACAAUUUGAAAAAUUUGGAAAAAUUCCACAGAUUGUUUCAUCCAAUUACAAAGUUUCUCUCAAGAAACAACUUUCGAAUAUCACAAGAACAACACCUGUAGAAUAA